ACACACACACACACACACACACACACAAACAAUUUAGAUCUGACUCUGAAGAGGGGAAAGUGCGUCUUGGAACAGGGUAUGGCGUUUUUAAGAGCCCUGUGUGUGAAGAAUAGAUUGGAAGAUGGGAGAGUAAUUGGGUGGAGAGAUCUUUGGAGACCAGGGUUGUGAGAGGCGAAGGGAGGGAAUUGCAUGGAUUUGAGAUGCAAGUAGGAAGCAGAACGAACAGUGGAGACGAAUCGUGUCCGGUCACCGGCUUCGCCAAAUCUCAAUGGUUACUGGAGAAUAAAGGCAGCCCGGUUGAUGACUGUUGAUGACUGAAAAUGACAAAGCAUCCACCUAACAGACGAGGAAUCAGCUUUGAAGUGGGAGCCCAGUUGGAAGCACGGGACCGUUUAAAAAACUGGUAUCCAGCUCACAUAGAAGACAUUGACUACGAAGAAGGAAAAGUACUCAUCCAUUUUAAGCGUUGGAACCAUCGUUAUGAUGAGUGGUUCUGUUGGGACAGUCCUUAUUUACGCCCUUUAGAGAAAAUACAGCUGAGGAAAGAGGGCUUACAAGAAGAGGAUGGAUCUUCUGAAUUUCAAAUAAACGAACAGGUGCUUGCUUGUUGGUCUGAUUGUCGAUUUUACCGGGCCAAAGUCACUGCUGUUAACAAGGAUGGUACUUACACUGUGAAAUUUUAUGAUGGAGUAGUUCAGACUGUCAAACAUAUUCAUGUCAAAGCUUUUUCCAAAGAUCAGAAUAUUGUGGGUAAUGCUAGGCCUAAAGAAACAGAUCAAAAAAGUCUUUCAUCAACACCUGAUAAACGAGAGAAGUUUAAAGAGCAGAGAAAAGCCACCAAUGUGAAGAAGGACAAAGAGGACAAAACCUUAAAGACAGAAAAGCGACCCAAGCAGCCUGACAAAGAAGGAAAACUAAUCUGUUCUGAAAAAGGGAAGGGAUCUGAGAAGAGCCUUCCCAAGAACGAGAAGGAAGAUAAGGAGAACAUUUCAGAGAAUGACAGGGAGUACUCUGGAGACGCCCAAGUGGAUAAGAAGCCUGAAAAUGACAUUGUGAAGAGUCCACAAGAGAAUUUGAGGGAGCCAAAGAGAAAACGAGGCAGACCCCCUUCCAUAGCUCCUACUGCUGUGGAUUCAAACUCUCAAACUUUGCAACCAAUAACAUUGGAAUUAAGAAGACGGAAAAUAUCAAAAGGAAGUGACAUCCCAUUAAAGCGUCCUCGCCUUGACAAAAAUUCAUCCCAGGAAAAGUCAAAAAACUGCUCUGAAAACACUGACAAAGACCUAUCCAGGAGAAGGUCCUCCCGGCUAUCCACUAAUGGAACCCAUGAGAUCUUAGAUCCUAACUUGGUUGUACCAGAUUUGGUUGAUAAAGUUGAUACGGAUCCUGUAAAAGAAACAUCAUCUAGUACCAAGCAAUCUGAAGAAGGUCAGUUGAAAUCUCCUUUGGAAGCUAGCCAGGUUUCAUCUGCUCUAACUAUCCACUCCUUUGGGAAUGAAUUGGGGUUUACAGGCUUGGAAUUGAACUGCAAGUCAAUGGGAGAAAACAGUAUGAAAACGGAACCAGCAUCUCCUCUUGCUGAAUUACAAGAGGUUUCUGCUGUGGAAGUACCAAAUACUUUAAAGAAAACAGAAGAUGUUGCCACAUCUAACUCAUCAGCAGUGGACCUAGACCACAAGUUUCGAUGCAAGGUUGUAGACUGUUUAAAAUUUUUUCGCAAAGCUAAGCUGUUGCACUAUCACAUGAAAUAUUUCCAUGGAAUGGAGAAGCCUCUGGAACCCGAGGAGAGCCCAGGGAAGAGGCAUGUUCAAACAAGGGGCUCUUCAGCUUCUGACAAGGCCAGCCAAGAGACCCUGACCAGGAAGCGGGUCUCAGCCUGUUCCCCAACUGCAAAAGACAAGGAAAAAAAUAAAGAAAAAAAAUUCAAAGAGUUUGUGAGAGUGAAACCAAAGAAGAAAAAGAAAAAGAAAAAGAAAACCAAACCUGAAUGCCCCUGCAGUGAGGAGGUCAGUGACGCCUCCCAGGACCCUUCUCCACCCAAGGCAUUUACUGUCACCAAGAGUGGGUCCUCACACAAGUCUGGGGUCCAUAUGAGCCCACAGCUCCAUGGCUCGGACUCUGGAAACCACAAAGGGAAAUUGAAAGCAUCUGAGGAGGAUAAUCUGAGUGAGUCCUCUUCUGAGAGUUUUCUUUGGAGCGAUGAGGAGUAUGGCCAAGAUGUUGAUGUGACCACCAAUCCAGAUGAAGAGCUUGAUGGUGAUGACCACUAUGAUUUUGAGGUAGUUCGUUGCAUCUGUGAAGUCCAGGAGGAAAAUGACUUCAUGAUUCAGUGUGAAGAGUGCCAGUGCUGGCAACAUGGGGUCUGCAUGGGAUUACUGGAAGAAAACGUGCCUGAGAAAUACACCUGUUAUGUUUGUCAAGACCCUCCAGGUCAGAGGCCUGGCUUCAAGUACUGGUAUGACAAGGAGUGGUUGAGCAGGGGACAUAUGCAUGGCCUGGCAUUUCUAGAAGAGAACUAUUCCCAUCAGAAUGCCAAGAAGAUCGUGGCCACCCACCAGCUUCUUGGCGAUGUGCAAAGAGUGAUUGAGGUUCUGCAUGGCCUGCAGCUCAAGAUGAGCAUCUUGCAAAGCAGGGAGCAUCCUGAUCUGCAGCUGUGGUGCCAGCCUUGGAAACAGCAUUCAGGGGAAGGAAAAGCUCAUUCCAGACACAUCCACAUCACAGACGCCAGGAGCAAAGAAGAAGCCCCAAGCUAUAGAACUUUGAAUGGGGCAGUGGAAAAGCCCCUGCCCCGGUCCGUAGAGGAGUCUUAUAUCACCAGUGAGCACUGCUACCAGAAGCCCCGCGCCUAUUAUCCUGCUGUGGAGCAGAAGUUGGUGGUGGAGACACGGGGCUCUGCCCUUGAUGAUACAGUCAACCCCCUCCGUGAGAAUGGUGAUGAUUCCCUGUCCCCACGCCUAGGCUGGCCUCUAGACCAAGACAGGAGCAGAGGGGACAGUGACCCCAAACCCAGCUCCCCAAAGAUAAGAGACUAUGUCUCCAAAAAGGUCCUGCCAGAGGAAGCCCCCACUCGGAAGCUGCUGGACAGAGGUGGAGAGGGGCUACUGACCUCCCAGCACCAGUGGCAGUUUAACCUGCUGACACAUGUGGAGUCCCUUCAGGAUGAAGUCACGCAUCGAAUGGACUCCAUUGAGAAGGAACUGGAUGUGCUGGAGAGUUGGCUGGACUAUACAGGGGAACUGGAGCCCCCGGAGCCACUGGCCAGGCUUCCACAGCUCAAGCAUUGCAUCAAGCAGCUGCUGACGGACCUGGGAAAGGUGCAGCAGAUUGCCCUUUGCUGCUCAACUUGAAACUGGGCAUCCAAGACUUAAGAGGGGCACAAUCCUGGGCACCUGCAGGAGGAGCUUUGCAUAUUUAAAUAAAUUAAGCUAGCAUGCUGAAUGCACGUGACACCAAUUGACUUCAGGGAUCUGGCCAGGAGUGUGAUGAAUAUUGGAUAGAGACCAUUUUGGCUGCCAAGGGCAGGGCACUCUAAUCCGGAAACCUAUCAAGAAGGCAGCAAAGAGUCUUGGGAUAUUUUUCUUCUGUGCACAUCAUUAAAUGAAGAGUCUUUGCACAAACUCGACUUGAAAUCGUGCCACUGAUGAUAAAUGGAAUGAGAGCCAAAAAGUUUAGUUGGAAACAGAUGCAAAUUCAAUCUCCAGUUUAUUUAAUUGACUUUCUUGUCAGGUUGAGGCACAUGCCAACCCUUCUGGUUUCUGGUGUUUAGGCAGCCAGCAUCAUUUUCAUUUUCAGCUUCACAGGAAUGUUGGGACCUUAUCAUGCUGUGGAGGUUAGGGAGGAGCAGAGGCCUCAAAUGCCCUGCUUCUUAGGACUUGUCACUUUUCUCACCACAUCCCUUGCAUGACUUCAUGGUACCAGGGAUAAGUUUUAUAUGCUUUUCACCUGAGUUGGCUGAGUGUGGAUUUGUUAUGAGGCCCAUUCAGCUGAUGGAAGAACUUAGAAUCUUACUAUAAAAAGAAUCUAGAAUGAAUUUCAAGUGGAAGCAGGCAGGGUCUGCAACCCAAAGGACAGCAUUUUCUACCACUUAAUAUUGAUAGCUUCCCAAUUCUAUUUGAAGUCCAAAAAAAACCCUUUUUCCUAAAAUUUUGAACUCUUUCAUUGUAAAGAUUUGUUACAAAGAAUGUGGUUUGGAGAAUUACCUUAUUUUGUAUUGUCAACAAACUUCAGAUUCUGUAUGUGCCACUUUUUUCCUUCCCUGAAGGUUAUGUUCAGUAGUUGGCAGUUUCAGGAUUGCUGAUAUACUUUAACACUUUAAAUUUUCUGUUUGUAUUACUUUGUGAGAUCAAGGUGAGUAUGCUGCUUAAGGUCCAGGUUCAACUCACUUGUACCUUUCAAGACAAUAUUGUGUUACUUUGGAGGUUACAAUUCCAUGUGUAAUUGCUGUUAUUUGUUUUGGUUUUUUUUUCUUACUAGGCAAAGUUAAAAAAAAGUUCCAUGCUUUGAGGAGUGACUUGUUCCAUUAGUUUUCUUAUCACUAAAGGCAAAACAAAUCAGUACAGUUUUCCAUUAACUCACAAGUUAAUUAGGGGUUUAUGAAUCUGUAAUGUUAUAUGCUGCAAAUAUUUACUAUGUAAACAUGAAAUAGCCAAUAUCUCAAUAGCAAUGACAGUAUCUCCAGUGCCCUUUAGAAUGGUUAGGUAUGCGGCACAGGUCAUGUGGUCAUGAAUUCAGGCUUCUGUGCUAAGGUUUGUUUCAGGGAAUGCUUUGUCUAAGUGAUUCAUUCAUCUGAUACAAUGAAUUAUAGAAGUUUUUAUUGACUUGUUAUAGCUUAUCCAUCAGAGGGAACACAUGCAGCUUUAACAUCUAAUGAGACCAACACAAUUCCUCUACAAGAGGCUGUUUCCCACUAACAUUGGUGUUUUGGGUGUGGGAAGAAAUGUUUGUCUGCAUGGCAACCAUGUUCUGAUUAUCAGACAGCUGUAUUACAAGGAGUGUGAGAUGCUUGUCUGAAAAGGGAAGAAACAGGAUGAUUUUUAUUACCACAAUUGUGAGGUAUGAUGAUUGUUAUAGUGUGACUGGUUAUUCUGAAACUACAUUUGAGUAUCACACCUGGGGACGUGGUAAUGUUUAAGGUAGUUACGUUUCAUGUCUCCCUGCAGGUGGAAGCAGAAACUGAAUGAUCCUAAUUUUGUUGAGUAGCCAUUACUGAGUUUUAUCAUUUAGGAUUUGUGAAGGAAAUAAUCCAGUUUUACUCAUUGUGACUUUGGUUUUUAGGGAAGUAGGGAAGACUCCCAUAUUCCUAUAACCUCUGUACUUCCCUAAUUUGAAGCCAUGUUGAGGGGCUCCAUUCUCAAUUCCUAGGUCAAGAUGAGUUAACCCCAAGUUGGAGCACUGGAAACUUAUUUACAAACAAUGCUGAUACCAUUUAGAAGUAUGUGCACUACCUAAGUUUUCUUUUGGAAAAACUAUCCAACUAUAAAACUUGCCUUGACAAAAACA